AUGUUGAUGUGUGUGUUAAGCGGAUCAAUUGAUAAUGAUGAAGUGAUUUUAAGCAAGAUAAUAAUUAUUAGAAGAAGGAGAAUGAUAAAAAUAAGUUAGUUUUUGAUUCGAUAGAAAAUUCAAAGAGACAUGCGUAUAAUGUUAUUUAUAAAUUUAGAGUACAAUAAGAGUUACAUAUAUUUUGAGGGAAUCUAUUACUCAAUGGACAUGAUCUGA